CUCGUUGUGGGUUGGGUUUGGGUUCGGGGGUUAACCCCGUCCUGUGAAAAGCAGCUUCAGACCCCCAUGCAGGAGGAUGCUGAUGGGCAAUGACUGGCGACAGUGAGGACCACCUUUGUCAGAAAGCGCUCGACAUAGUGACAGAGCUCUGCUUUAAGGGUAUCGUCGAGCACGAAAGCUGCUUGGAUUUCUCCCAUUCUUUACGUGAUCGAGGCCGACCCCGCCAUCAGGAAUCAGAUAUUUCCAUAAGCCUGCUGUCUCUGGUGGUGACUGCCUGCGGCCUUGCACUUUUUGGGGUGUCGUUGUUUGUCUCCUGGAAACUCUGUUGGAUCCCAUGGCGUGAGCGAGCAGUGUCGUCCAACACCAAGGAGAGUCAACAGGACCAGCAGCACUACGCUGAUGAAGAGCCAAACGGACAGGAAUACAGUCAAGACUUCCUGAAAGAGCCUGCCCCCUUUCCCGAUUCAGCCAUGAAGAUUAGCCACACCUCACCUGAUAUCCCCUUGGAUGUCCAGGCCAAGAACAAGGAGAACUGUGCUCAUAAUCUGCGAAUGCAACGGCAAGUCACUGAGCCAACAUCGUCAUCAAGGCACAAUUCAAUAAGGAGACAGUUAAACCUUUCGAACCCAGACUUUGACAUCCAACAGUACCAAAGGCAGGAGAAGCCGACAGGGAUUGGUCGGAUUAAGCCUGAGCUGUACAAGCAAAGGUCAAUAGACACAGACGACGGACGGAGGAAUAACAACAAAUCCUGUGGGAAGAUCAACUUUGUGCUGAAGUACGAUUGUGACUUGGAGCAGCUCAUCGUCAAAAUCCACAAAGCCGUCAACCUACCGGCCAAGGACUUCUCCGGCACCUCCGACCCUUACGUGAAGAUCUACUUACUCCCAGACCGCAAAACCAAACAUCAGACUAAAGUGCAUCGCAAGACUCUGAACCCUGUGUUCAACGAGGCCUUUCUCUUCCCCGUCCCCUAUAACGAGCUGGUGAACAGAAAGCUGCACUUCAGCGUGUACGACUUUGACAGGUUUUCCAGGCACGACAUGAUCGGACAAGUGGUGGUUGAUAAUUUUCUCGAGUUGUCGGACUUUCCCAGGGAAACCAUGCUGUGGAAGGAUAUCCAGCACGUCACCUCGGAAAAUGUGGAUCUGGGAGACCUGAUGUUUUCACUGUGCUAUCUUCCUACUGCUGGGAGGCUCACCAUCACCAUCAUCAAGGCACGCAACCUCAAAGCCAUGGAUAUAACAGGAGCAUCCGAUCCGUACGUGAAGGUUUCUCUUAUGUGCGAAGGGCGAAGACUGAAGAAAAGAAAAACGUCAACAAAGAGAAACACAUUGAAUCCCGUGUACAACGAGGCUAUAGUCUUUGACGUUCCCACUGAAAAUAUUGACCAAGUGAGCUUGUUAAUAGCUGUCAUGGAUUAUGAUCGUGUAGGUCACAACGAGGUCAUCGGUGUGUGUCGCGUGGGAAAUGACGCAGAGAGCCUCGGACGCGAUCACUGGAAUGAAAUGCUGACGUAUCCUCGCAAGCCCAUAGCCCACUGGCAUCAGUUGGCAGAGUGGGUGGGCCAAGCUAGCAGUGGCAGCCAAGAAUCAUGCAAUUCUCUAAAAACACCGCCAUCUCCUUGAAUGGGGGGGGAAAAGAAACCAUUCCUACCAAUGGAUUUACAAGGACUAAAGGGAUCUCAUCACAACUAAUGCCUGAAGACUUAUACCGAGAGACUUACAAUUCUGGGAGUUCAAUGCCUAUUGCCUAACUUGGAAAAUCUUUUUUUCUUCUGUUUUGCUAUGUUGUGUUUUUUUGUUUGUUUUUUCCCAUGCAUGGGGACAUCGUAUUCAGUUGCAUGCGAGGUGGUGGUUCGUUUUAGACUUGGCUCAAAGUGAGCACGGCCGCGUCACAAACUGGACUAGCUGUGAUUUUCGUUUGUGCUUUGAUGACGUUCUGGGUUGAGACUCACAGAAACGGUGACCAAAAUAAUGUUUCUGACAUCAGUGUUUUUAAUCUUCCUGAAUAUGUGCCUGUAUUUAUUUGAUUGGUUCAUUACUUAACUAACCACAGUAAUCAGUUGUCAGUUUCCAAAAAAAAAUACCUUCAAAUCAAACCAAAACUAUUUUAAUACAGGAUAUGCAUGUUUUAUUUACAGGAACGAGAAUUGUAGACAUUUUUACCCAUGUAAACAGAUGUGUGGUGUCAUUUACUUCCAUUACAUUUUUGGUGAACUUCGUUUAUUGGGGAAGGGGUGAAAAUCCAAUUUCUUUUUCUCCUUUCUUAUCAUAAACACCAAUUUAAAUGUACUGUGAUUUAUUCUUUAUAGACAUACUAUGUUAAAAAAAUGCUUUGUUUCAAAUAAAGG